AUGUCGUCCAGCUUUGCAUCUUCGUUCGCGCCCUAUACUCCUCCACCAGAUGACUCUUCCUACCGGUCACCGCCGUCUUCAAGCUCCAAAGCACGGCCAUGGUUUCCUGUUCACUCAUCCUCACGAGGAACAGAGAUAUCUUAUCAAUCUGGCGGUCUCCCAACAUUUAACAAUUCGAUAAGCGGGCAUGAGGAUAUCCAGGAAGAUGUCCAGCAGAAUCAGUGGGAAACGAGUUAUGGGAUGCGUGUGGACGUUCUAUCAGCCUUCGCAUAUAUACUGGGUCCGAUUUCAGCUUUGAUAUUACUUGUGCUGGAAACUCAUAACGAUUAUGUUCGGUUUCACGGUAACAUUCCCCGCUUCCUUACUGACUUACCACUAAGUUCAUUGUCAACAGCCUACCAAUCUGCCUUGUCAAUGACACCUCUGCUAUUAGUGCGCAUAUUUGCAUCACUACUUGGUUUUCCUUCAUGGAUACGGUCAUUCCUCACUAUUUCAUUGGCACUUUCCGCACUUUUCAUGGCUAUACGAGCGUAUUUUGGAGCUUCACGCGAGGGUCUCGCACGUUAUCAUCUCCCAAUCAUUGGGCCGCUCGCUGAGAAAUGGGUGUUCGAGGAAUGA